CAAAUUUAAUGCCGUAUAGAAGCUGGCACUUUUCUCUUCUUCUAAGAAAUAAAUAUAAACCCAAAUACAAAAAUCAUUUGUAAAUUCGCAAACACUUUUUUUUUUUUGGUGUGUGAAACCCCAACAUACGAUGGAACGUCAACUUGUUACUUUUUUCCUUUUUUCUCUUUGUUUCAUUUCUAUUUUCCCUGAUCUGUCUUGUUCUACUUCUCUUCGAUUCUCUGGUUUAAAAGCAGAUAAACAAACAAAAUCGUCGGUGCUGAAAUUGGUAACUGGUGGAUCAUCCCCUACAGUUGAUCCGACCCGGGUGACACAAAUCUCAUGGCGCCCCAGGGCUUUUGUAUAUAGGAAUUUUUUGACUGAUGAGGAAUGUGAUCAUCUCAUCACUCUGGCUAAAGAUAAGCUGGAGAAGUCUAUGGUAGCUGACAAUGAAUCAGGAAAGAGCAUAGAGAGUGAAGUUCGGACAAGCUCCGGCAUGUUUCUUGGCAAGGGCCAGGAUGAAGUAGUGGCUAAUCUGGAGGCUAGGAUAGCUGCCUGGACAUUCCUUCCUAAAGAGAAUGGGGAAUCUAUUCAAAUACUGCAUUACGAACAUGGCCAGAAGUACGAACCACAUUUUGAUUAUUUUCAUGACAAGGUUAAUCAAGAGCUAGGUGGUCAUCGGGUGGCUACUGUUCUUAUGUACUUAUCAGAUGUCGAGAAGGGAGGGGAAACCAUUUUUCCUAAUUCAGAGGCAAAAAAAUCUCAGCCAAAGGGUGAUGACUGGUCGGAUUGUGCUAAAAAUGGAUAUGCAGUGAAACCUAGGAAGGGUGACGCGUUGUUGUUUUUCAGUCUACAUCCUAAUGCAACAACUGAUCCUUUGAGCUUGCAUGGAAGCUGCCCUGUUAUUGAAGGUGAGAAGUGGUCUGCUACCAAAUGGAUUCAUGUGAGGUCCUUUGAGACACCAUCUAAUGAGUGCAAAGAUCUGAAUCCGAGCUGCUCGCAGUGGGCUGUUAAUGGUGAAUGUGUAAAAAAUCCUGUAUACAUGGUGGGUUCUGAAGAUUCUUUAGGUCAUUGUAGGAAGAGCUGCAAGGUUUGCUCCUGAUAGAAAUAUGUAGACAAAUUUUCUAUUGCAUAUAUAAAAAAUUUAACUAGUUGAGCAAUCUUAUCCUCAAUCUCUGUAUAUCUCGGUUUGAACAUUCAGUACCCUUUUAGACAGUUCAAAGUAAGAAGGAAUCAACUGAUAAUUUUUUGUGGUAGCA